AGAACUGUUUCUACGCUUCGGAGAGAUGUCUUUUCUAAAAUAUUCUAACCCCAAGAAAGGCCUAAACUUUGGAUAAUUUUACGUUAGCACAAGUUCUGUAUUCCGUAGAUUAAUACUUGUUUCACGUUAUCAUGACCCAUUAUCACAUCCCCAAACUCAAAAUUAUUGUUAUGGUUUUAGUCAAUAAAGGAUUUGAAAAAACAGUUUUUAUGUAAACGGGCAGUUUUACAUGCUUGCGAUUGGUUUUAAAUGUUGACGUUGUUUCGACAUAAUGGAAACUGACAUUAGACAAAAUGAACUUCCUGAAAUUAAGCUUGACGAACCAGACGAUGAAGAAACUGGUGUUGAACCUAAAUCAGGCUUUCUGACACUUCCAGUUCCUCGUCGUCGCCACUCUUGGAUAUGUGGUUUUGACGUGGACGAUGGAAAUUCCCAGAACAGGACUCUUUUGGAUGCUACAAGUCCGUCUUCGGGUCUUGUCCUUCAGUCAAUGCCACAACGAAGAGAAUCAUUCCUAUACAGAUCAGACAGUGAGUUCGAGAUGUCUCCCAAGUCAGUGUCACGACACUCGUCAAUUGGUAGCGAAUUACAUCUAGAAGACCUGAUUGUCACUCCCUUUGCACAAAUUCUUCAGAGUUUAAGAAAUGUUCGCAAUAAUUACAUUCUCAUCACCAAUGUACCUGCCAACAAAUCAAAAAGAUCUUCAGGAUCACUCGGGUCAUCUUCAGGUCCGAACAAGUUUGGUG